AUGACAGUAAUCCAGGUGAGCCGAGUUGAUGAAGCUAGAAUUCUCCGUAAGCAAACAAAUGUUUAGAAGUUGUCAUCAAAAGUGAGGGGAGUGAAGACGUCCCCGUCGUUGUCAAGCACCGGGCACGCAGAAGUUGUGCGGCAGGCAACGGGCUCGCCGUGCAAAAUGAGCCAGAACGGGAGCAGCGGCUACUACGAGGGUGAUGUGACUCUGGACGACGAGGCUCUCGUCUCGAUGCCCGAAGCCACUCUGGUUGAGUGCUUCGGCAAUCUGGCAAUAACCAAAAGACCCGCUCACCUCAGACCACCCGCCGCUUUCUGUAAGUGAACGGAAGACUUGCGGAUAGAUCUGAAUGAGCCACCUAUUCCAGGUCUCCCGUUCGUCUCGAUGAGCAACGACGAAUGCAGUGGGCACGCCCUGAAGCAUCUCACAUUAACGUAAGUUGACAUCUUCUCACGGACUCUCAUUCGCGCUCAUUUCAGAUCAGUGUUCGAUGCUCUCCAUCCAUACGUCGGAAUGCCGUACAUCAACAGAAGAGACAUCUGCUCGGCAAUGAAUGUCUACUGGCGUGAGUCAUGUUUUCACUCUUCUCCCACUGUUCACACAUUGUUUGUUUCAGUCAAAAACUGCCUGGAGCCAGAGCAGCUCGACCUUGUCCACCGAUUCGCAUUGGAGAUGCAGGUUCAUCUGAGUGCCUGCUUUGGAUGUCGCGUCGUCUUGGAUGUGAGAAUCUAUGCACUCCUUUCCUCAAUAAUGCAUUCUCCUCCAGAUAUACGGUUCGACUCGCAACGGCUUCGGCACGCGAAUGUGCGACGUCGACAUGUCACUUUCGUUCUAUCCGGCGCCUCCGCAAUGGGCUCUCAACUCUGACCGAGUUAUGCGUGCUGUCGCAAAAGCGCUGGUUGAUUUCCCGAAGGCCAUGGACGAAAGAUAUGUGAACGCGAAGGUUCCGAUCGUCAGAUUCCGUAGCAGCGAUAUGGACAUAGAGGCAGAGUACGGGGUUUUGGUUUAUUUUGUCGCAUUCACUGUUUCCCUUUUAGCAUAAGCUACAAGAACGAUCUGGCCCUACACAACACGCAACUGCUGCAGCAAUAUUGCAAGUGGGAUCCGGAAAGACUGCCGACACUCGGCGUGUGGGUGAAGGCGUGGGCGAAGAGAAGUGGAAUCGGGGAAGCCUCUAAGGGCUCUCUGUCCUCGUACGCAUGGAUUGUGAUGCUCAUCCACUACCUGCAGCAAGUUGAACCGGUGCCGGUGCUUCCGUGUCUUCAAGAGAUGAACCAUCAACGGAACGAGAACGUCUACGUGCAGGGAUACAACGUCUACUACUGGAAGUUCGUCGACGCGACCCGUGCCCGCCAAUGUCGGGCCACAGUCAUCGACCUGUUCGUCGGAUUCCUCGACUACUACGCCUCGUACUUCGACUACGGAGUCAACGUCGUUCAGAUGGUAUCGAAGAAACUGAUGUACAAGCCGGAUCGGUGGGUCAAGUACCCUAUGUGCAUCUCGGAUCCAUUCGAAACCGAUCACAAUCUCGCCCAAGGAGUCGAUCAGCAGAGUGAGUGAAACAUGGACAAGCGAGGGAAAAUCACUUAUUUUCAGUGUUCGAAUACAUUAGAUCGUGCAUGGAACACUCGAGAAAGGUGUUCACGAAUCGUCACUUGCGUGCGGAGUUUCUCUCGGGAUACGGGUUCGAUGUAGACGAGUUCGAUUCAAGACAAAAGAACGAGAUGGACAUGGAAAUGUCCUCGCAGUUCGGGGUCAGUUUCCUUUUUCUCUGUUCCCAUUCAAAUGCAUUCUUGUUUCAGGAGUUCCUUCUCCACAAGUGCAUCAUGGUGAAACAAGCUCCGAAUCGACAGUUUCGUGGCAGGAGCAUGAGCCAAUCGACGAGCACAAGCAACCAUUCGAGCAGUUCGUCUGGCUGA